AUGCUUGGUAGCUCCCGACUGAGAGCCAGCAUGUCGCUUUUUGGUCAACCGGCUUCUGGGUCGGGGACCUCCGGUUCCACCAAUCUGUUUGGUGCUGCCAAUUUGAAUCCCACCACUGAUGCGCAGGGGAAACGAAAGUCCAUCUUCGACGCUUCCACCUCGCAAUCGUCCCAACCCUUUUCCUUCCCAAGCCUCAACACCACGGCUGCCGCCACUCCAAGUGCUGCUCCAGCUGGUGGGCUCUUCAGUCUCGGAGGUCCUGCAAAGACUUCUGCCCCUUUCUCCUUGGGAACAACAACCACCACGGCUCCGUCUACAGGUCUCUUCGGAACGACCGCAGCUGCUGCCCAACAGCCUGCACCAACGACUUCCCUCUUCGGGGCCUCAAACACACAACAACCUGCGAGUGGUACUUCCUUUUUUGGUGGGACCACCGCAGCAAGCACAACUGCGCCACAGGCAACGCAACCAGCAGCUCCCACCCCGCAGAACAAUCGAGAUGCCGCAUAUUUCAGCAGUCUCCUCGAGCGUCAAAAGAAGAAGCCGAGACUAUGGGCCGAUGGCACCGGCCGUCAGAGCCAAUUGCCUAGCCUUAGUAUGGACCUGGGGGAUCUGGCCAGACGUGCACAAGAGAUCAGACAACGUGGGGCAAAACAGACGGAGCCUCUGCCCGACAGCCGUGCGCAUUAUCUGUUAGCCGGCUCCGGGGUUGCUCCCGGCCAGGCUUACAAGGACUUUCAAGCAUUAGGCUCCGACGAGUCUGUCCCGGUAUCACGCCUUGCGGCACAGGGUUUCGCCGACGAGUCUAGUGCGUAUCUCAGAGAUUUGAGAGUCAAAGGCCGGGAGGCAAUACUGAAGGAGAGCAUGGAACGUGUUUAUCGUGAAGUCGACAACUUCAUCGAGGAAAGCUUGGGCAUCGACUUUGAGGAACAGAAGGCCAGGAUCAUGGAGCAUCUCGGUCUGGCUUCUCCAGAAGACGGCACAGGACCCGAUGCUGGCAGGUCGACCCCAGGUGGCUUCGGGAAACCCACGGGGCGAGCUAAGGAAGCGGCUUCUGAGGCAUCCCGGCCUGCACGAAGUGUGUUUGGUCGCUCUGCUAUGGAGAAAUCUAUCAUUGGCACUCCCGGUUCUGGUGCUGGGACGACAUCCUUCUUUAAGAGUGAAGGUGCUGCUCCUGUGCCGUCUGGGCCACCACGUUCGAGUUCACAAGUGCAGCGUGAGCUUAGAGCGAAGGAAAAAUCAUUCAUUAGCAAAGUGGAAAACCUCAAUCAAGCUAGGCUGCGGGAGGAAACGUACGCUCUUCUGCAACACUUUGCCGAAACUGAAGAGCAAAACAGGGCAGACACCCCCCGGCAAAUAGUGGACGCCUACCAAGCCUUGCGAGAAAUUACCAAAGAAGGCCAGUCAACAGUCAGGGAACGGCAGUAUGCUCAGGCCUAUUUGGACGAGACGGUCUCUGCUCCGGCCACCCUCAAACUGAAGAAGCAGAUAGUUGAGGGCUCUCGGACCUACUUGGAAAAGGCAUUCUGGCGAGAACUGCGAUCGCUGAUUGAGAAGAAUGCGAGAGAAGCGGCGUUGGGGGGACAGCCGAGCGUCAUCAAUAUUGUGCGUGCUUAUAUCCGACUGCGGGCUGUUCGACGAGAUCUCGCACCGGAUGGAUCAGAGCUACAACAACUGGGCGGCGAGACCGGUGACUACUGCUGGGUCCUCAUUUUCUACUUGCUGAGAUGUGGUUUUGUCAAGGAAGCGGCCGAGUAUGUGAACAACGACCCUGCCUUCCAGUCUGUCGAGCGACGAUUUGUCUCGUACUUGACAGCGUAUGCGAACAAUCCAGAUCGGCGACUGGGCCGCAAACUGCAAGACAUGAUCGACAACGAGUAUCAAAACCGUACAAAGGUUGGUCCAAAGAAUACGGUGGAUCCAUACAGGAUCGCGUGCUAUAAGGUGAUCGGAAGAUGUGACUUGGGCUCAAGACAUCUAGAUGCAGUGGGGCAGGGAGUUGAGGACUGGCUGUGGCUCCAAUUCAGCCUUGCGCGAGAGACCGAGAUGUACGAGGAGAUAUCUGGCGAGAUCUUUGGGCUUGAACAGAUUUGUGAGACAAUCACCGAAAUUGGGCAAAAACAUUUCCAGAAAAAUCAAGUCGAGGGAUCCGGCUAUGGCACCUUUUUCUUGAUGCAGGUUCUCGCGGGGAUGUUUGAACAUGCCGUGGACUACCUGCACAAUUUCAAUCCACUGAGCGCAGUGCACUUCGCCAUUGCUUUAUCAUAUUACGGGUUGUUGAGGGUAUCAGACUUUUCGGUGGCGGGCAACGCGCUCUUGACAUUUUCGACGACGCAGCAACCCAUGAUCAACUUUGUGCCGCUCGUGGCAUAUCACACAGGAACUUUUCGAACGGCGCUUCCUGUCCCUGCGGUGGACUACCUUUCCAUGCUCUGCCUCAACUCCGAUCUCCAACCUGCCAGCCUGGGUCUGGUCCAUAUCAAUGCUUGUCAUGAGUGCUUGCGAGAAUUAUGCCUUGAAACCCGUGAGUUUGCAAAGUUGUUGGGCGAUAUUCGCAGCGAUGGCACUCGGAUACCUGGCGCCAUCGAGCUUCGGGCCAGGUUAAUCCACCUUGACACAAGAGAAGAAUUUUUGAGGUCCAUUACCAGCCAGUCGGCGGCGAUUGCGGAUCAGCGCGGGCAAAUUGCAGAUGCGGUCUUGCUCUAUCAUCUAUGCGAGGACUACGACAAUGUUAUUAGCGUACUGAACCGAGCACUGGCCGACGCUGUGACGCUAGACCUGGGCGAGGCACCGAUGCAACUGCAACCUUUGAAACCGCGCAAAGCCAACGGUCAGAGCGAGUCGUCAAGCAGCACCCAGGGAGGACCUCAGUCGUCAUUGUCGCUUACACAAUCCACGUCGUCUCCGUUCGAGUUGGGGAAGAACAUGAUAUCGUUGUACAACGAGAACGCCGCAUACUUCAAUCGCAUUUCGAGCGCGAACCGCGAAAUUUGUGGGGCCCUCAUCCGACUGCUUUCCGUGCGGGAACAUCUCGAAGCCAAACCUCCUCGUUAUAUGACGGCGUUGGAGGAGCUCAACGAGUUGGGCUUGUUACCAUUGCGGGCGAAUGGAUCUAUCCCGACAAUCCGGGCGGCUGCAACAGCCUUCAGCGCCCUUCCACAAAUCCUUGCUCGUUGCGCUGGAGUCAGUGUGGUCUGGGCGGUGCGAGCAAUUGGGGGAGAACGAGACAACAUCGUACGCAAUGGCCGGUGGGAGGCAGGAUAUGGUGGAGAUGCGGAUGAAAUGAAAGACCAACUAAGUAACAUGGCCAAGGACCUGAUGGUCUUCGCUGGACUCGUGAAAUACAAGUUGCCGGGCCGGGUCUAUGACAUGUUGACUCGAGCCGGGGCUGAAGUUGGAGGGUUUUGA